UCAGCCGGGGCCGGCGGGAUCCGCAUCGGCGAGCGGCGCCUCCGGACUGUGCCGGGCUGGGGCGAGACGGCUCUGGCCGAGCUUGCGGCGGCUACCACCCCUCCCGACGCUCCGAAGUCCGCCGCGCGGUUCGCGUUCCGGCUGCCCGUAUGGACGCGGCGCUGAAGCGGAGCCGCUCGGAGGAGCCCGCAGAGCUCCCGCCGUCGGCCCGGGACUUGGAAGAGGAGGAGGAGGAAGAGGGGAUGGAACAGGGGCUGGAGGAAGAAGAAGAGGUGGACCCCCGGAUCCAGGGAGAACUGGAGAAGUUAAAUCAAUCCACGGAUGACAUCAACAGACGGGAGACUGAACUUGAGGAUGCUCGUCAGAAAUUCCGCUCUGUUCUGGUGGAAGCAACGGUGAGACUGGACGAACUGGUGAAGAAAAUUGGCAAAGCCGUGGAAGACUCGAAGCCCUACUGGGAGGCACGCAGGGUGGCGAGGCAGGCUCAGCUGGAAGCUCAGAAAGCCACGCAGGACUUUCAGAGGGCCACGGAGGUGCUCCGUGCCGCCAAGGAAACCAUCUCUCUGGCUGAGCAGCGGCUGCUGGAGGAUGACAAGCGGCAGUUCGACUCAGCCUGGCAGGAGAUGCUGAAUCACGCCACCCAGAGGGUCAUGGAGGCGGAGCAGACCAAGACGAGGAGCGAGCUGGUGCACAAGGAGACAGCGGCUGGGUACACCGCGGCCAUGGGCCGCAUGCGGCAGCUGGAGAAGAAACUCAAGAGAGCCAUCAGCAAGUCCAAGCCUUAUUUUGAACUCAAGGCAAAGUACUACGUGCAGCUUGAGCAACUGAAGAAGACUGUGGAUGACCUGCAGGCCAAACUGGCCCUGGCGAAAGGCGAGUACAAGACGGCCCUGAAGAACCUGGAGAUGAUCUCGGAUGAGAUCCACGAGCGGCGGCGCUCCAGCGCCAUGGGGCCCCGGGGCUGUGGCGUGGGGGCUGAGGGCAGCGGCACGUCUGUGGAGGACCUGUCAGGGAGCAAGCCUGAGCCAGAUGCCGUUUCUGUGGCCUCCGAGGCCUUUGAAGAUGACAACUGCAGCAACUUCGUGUCUGAAGACGACUCGGAAACCCAGUCGGUGUCCAGCUUUAGUUCGGGGCCAACGAGCCCGUCCGAGAUGCCUGACCAGUUCCCCGCAGCUGUGAGGCCUGGCAGCCUGGACCUGCCCAGCCCCGUGUCUCUGUCGGAGUUUGGGCUGAUGUUCCCGGUACUGGGCCCUCGCAGUGAAUGCAGUGGAGCCUCCUCCCCCGAAUGUGAGGUAGAACGAGGAGACAGGGCAGAAGGGGCAGAGAAUAAAACGAGUGACAAAGCCAACAACAACCGAGGCCUCGGCAGCAGCGGCGGCAAGAGCCAGGGUAGCACUGCCCGCGAGGGCCAGGCCCUGGAGAACAGGAUGAAGCAGCUCUCCCUGCAGUGCUCAAAGGGAAGAGACGGGGUUAUUGCUGACAUACAGAUGGUGCAGAUUGGCUGAUCCCUGCAAAGCCCUGGCCCAAGUGCAGAGCUGUAUUUAUACACGAAGCUGUAUGGAGAACAUUGUGCCAAUAAUCAGUUACUAUAUGCCAAA